UAGAUUGCCACUCACUCUCCAUUGGUGAAGAAGUUGACCAGCUCCACUUCAUGAAUGUGUUUGAUCCAAAGCUUCUCUUAUAAUCCAAGGUUGUCUGUGAUCUGACUACAACUAGGGACGGUAUUCGGUAUCUCUCCUUCAAAGCAAUUCAUGAAAGACAUCUUGGGAAGAAAAUUCCAACUACCGCUGAGGAAGAAAUCCGACGAAAUUAAAUCGGAGGACCAGGAAUAAUACAGCACAUUUUUUUUUUCCUAUCCCUUGAGUAAGCUCCAAGCCUUCUAAUUUCCCUGUGUUCAAACUUCAAUUUUCCUCCCGGCCGGGAAAGCACGCAUACGUGCAGAUCGACACCCAUGGAGAAACACCAAUAUGGGUUCGCUCUAUUUUUCUCUAUCGUCGUCUCCCUUGGCGUUGUCUCCUUCCUGUCGUGUAUAGCUGCUGAGCUAAAGAGAACAAAGAAGAAGGAUCUCAAGUUGGAUGGAAAACUGUGUUAUUUGCCAGGAAGUCAUGCAUUUGGAUUUGGAAUUGCAGCAUUGGUCAGUUUGCUUGUCGCUCAGAUCAUCGGCAAUCUGAUCAUUUGCAGGAAUUCUUAUUCAGGAGAGAACAGAAACGACUGCAAGACUAGGUGGCCGAGGAUUGCCGCAAUCCUCCUGUUAAUUUCAUGGAUGAGCUUUGGAAUUGCAGUUAUGUUAAUGGGCGGAGCCAUGAGUAUGAGUAGAAGGCAGCCCUAUGGGAAGGGAUGGUUGGGCGGCGAAUGCUACCUAGUCAAAGAUGGGACGUAUAUUGGUUCGGCAAUACUAGUCCUGGUCACAAUAGGUUCGAGUCUGGGCUCAGCCGUUAUAACAAAAAGAAAAGGCCAGGCUGAUAAGGGCCAAAAGGUACAUUCACAAGUAGCAUGACAAGACAGAGAUAAUGGGGAAUUAUAUCCAUUAUCUGAAAAAACAGAGGCUGAUCUCUCCAGACUCCAGAGUCCAGGCCAACCGAGGAAAGAGGUUGGGAGAAGCAGCGGAGAACGCAACACUUUUUAUCUUUUUCAUUUCCUACUGGGGAACAAGGGCCAAUGACCCACUGCCCAAGUGCCUUUUUGGCUUCCCUAUCCAUUGUCAGAAGAAAUUAUUUUCAACAAAAAUGAAACACUUCUUUUGAGAAUUUUCAACACA